AUGCGAGGGAAGAGGAAGACAAGAGCUGUGCCGGAGUUCUACGAUCAUUCGCGGCAUCCGAGCAUACGUCUUAAAGCCCCUAGUGCCAAGAAGAAGAAGAUGACCCUGCUACGAGUGGAACAAGCCGAUGUCCAAGUGGAACUGCUCAAUGGUCAGCGUAUUGAGGUAUCGUGUCGCACGGAUGCGGUAGCCCGUGACAUCUUCUCAUUGGUCGUCCAGCAUAUGAACAUCAAUGAACACGUAUUUUUUGGGCUUAGCUUCAUGAAAGACGGAGAACACUUCUUCCUCGAAGAUCAUCAGCGACUCGAAAAAUUUGCACCAUCUGGCUGGAAACAUGCUCAAAAGAAUGGACUCGUCCGGGAUCGAAUUUCGUAA